CUUAGUUUUUCUGAUCUUUGAUGCAGACGGACAGCGUGGUGCUUCUGACUAUAGCGCCAUGUUGCCCAGAAGUCCUGUUUCAGUAAUUUUUAAUGAGUGCUUACUUUGUACCAAGCUCAGUGCCAAGCACGAGAGAUGAAGUGGAAAUCAAGACAGACAGGGUCCCUCACUGAGCUUCCUGUAUUCAAAUGGAGGAAACAUUGAGGAGGCAUUCUUCUUAGUGCUCUAAAGGAAAUGGUUGUAGUCCUGAAAUAGAGAAUAAUCAGGUGGAAGCUGCUUUGCAAGGGUGGUCAGAGGAGGCCUCUUUGAGUCUGAAGGAUAAGAGGGAGCCAGACAAGAAGAGCAUUCCAGGCAAUAGGAACAGUCACCAGAGGCCCUGCUGUGGGAGAGAGAAGGUCUGUGGGACUAUGGCAUAGUGGCCCCACAGGAGGAGGGGCUGGGGCAGUAGGAACAAGUGAUGAGGUCACAGGUUGGCAGAAGCCAGAUCAUGCAGAGCCUUAUAGGCCAUGGUGAAUGAGGAAGGGGAUGAGUGAGGUGUGUGGCUCAAGCAACAGGGUGCAAGGUAAUGCCUUUCACUGAGCUAGAAAGGAUGGAGUCAGACUGGGCUUUGGGAGAAACUGAAGAGUCGGUUUGGCGACUGCGAAGUUUUCGAUGGCUUGUGAGAGGUGCAGUGGAGCUGUCAUACCUGUCCUACCAGCAGCUGGAAACAUGAGUCUCAACUCCAGAGGACAGUCUGUACUGGAGGCACGACUCUCGUGCUCAUUCCUGUUUCUAGAAUGAAAUAUUCUUUUUAUUCUUAAUUCUAAAACAGACCAAAUUGUGAAUUAAACAGGUGAGAAAGAAUGCUUCUUAGUAUUAGUAAAGAUGGAUCCAUUCUUUCAGAUUUGUGCUCCCUGGAGAAAUAUGACAAUCUCUUCCUAUUACUUUUUGUUUCCUCUUUUAAACUGAAGGUCAGCACCUCAACUGUAGGCACUCUUCCAAAGCGAGUGAAAAUUGUGGAAGUUGGCCCCCGAGAUGGACUACAGAAUGAAAAGAAUUUUGUACCGACUCCAGUGAAAAUCAAGUUGAUAGACAUGCUUUCUGAAGCGGGACUCCCCGUUAUAGAAGCUACCAGUUUUGUGUCUCCCAAGUGGGUUCCCCAGAUGGCUGACCAUGCUGAAGUCUUAAAGGGCAUUCAGACGUUUCCUGGUAUCAACUACCCAGUUCUGAUCCCAAAUCUCAAAGGCUUCCAGACUGCGGUUGCUGCUGGGGCCAAGGAAGUGUCGGUCUUUGGAGCUGCCUCGGAGCUCUUCACUCGGAAGAACAUCAACUGCUCCAUCGACGAGAGUUUGCAGCGGUUUGACGAAGUCUUAAAGGCAGCUCAGGCUCUCAGCAUUCCUGUGCGGGGGUACGUCUCCUGCGUGCUUGGAUGCCCCUACGAAGGAAAGAUCUCCCUGGCUAAAGUAGCUGAGGUUGCCAAGAGGAUGUACUCAAUGGGCUGUUAUGAGAUCUCCCUGGGGGACACCAUUGGCGUGGGCACCCCAGGGGUCAUGAAGGACAUGCUGUCCGCUGUCAUGCAUGAGGUGCCUGUGGCUGCCCUGGCUGUCCACUGCCAUGAUACCUACGGACAGGCCCUGGCCAACAUCUUGAUGGCCCUGCAGAUGGGAGUGAGUGUCGUGGACUCUUCUGUGGCAGGACUUGGAGGCUGUCCCUAUGCAAAGGGGGCAUCAGGAAACUUGGCCACAGAGGACCUCGUCUACAUGCUCACCGGCCUGGGCAUUCACACGGGUGUGAACCUCCAGAAGCUCCUGGAAGCUGGGACCUUUAUCUGUCAGGCCCUGAACAGAAAAACCAGCUCCAAAGUGGCUCAGGCCACCUGUAAACUCUGAGCUCCUUGGCCACCCAAAGUUCUGGGGACCGUAUGGGAGUAGGGCAUGCAUGGAUGAAUCACGGACAGGGGUAUGGAAAUGGAAAUGAAAUUGAAAAAAGCAGGUACCUCACAGAAAGGAGGAGAGGAGCAGAAGGAGCCACUUGGCCUCAGCCCUCCCUCCCGGACCUGAGUAAGAGGCUUUGGGGGCUGAAUAUGUCCCUUCACUGUGGACCCAGCAGUUGAAUGUGUCCACUGAGGGCACUUGGGAGUCCAGGUCCUUGGCUUGGGCUGAUCUGAGAGCCCCCUCUCUGGGUGAAAGCUACCAGCUAGCUACCCUCUACACAGCUUGACCCUGCUCUGGCCUUGGGGCCAUUGCUCUCUGACUUCUUAGAGCAAAGGGACAUGGCCGUGGGGUGGCCAACUGCCAACUCGAGCACCGUUGGAAAUUCUCAUGGGUGAUGCUCUCCACUCUGAAUGUGAUUUUUGAAAACAGCUUAUGUAAUUAAAGGUUUAAUGACAGCAGAACCAUCCCAGUAUUCUGUUGUGCAGGUGUGUGUGUAUGUGAGACUGAGGGAGACUGUUGGGGAAUAAAAUGUCUUUACAAUGUUGCACUCUGAUGGGAAAAUGGAGACUUUGAAGCAGUUUAUUAAUCAUUUGGUUUCUUCCCUGUUUACUCACCUGAACCUCAAAUUCAUAGUGACUGGAAGUCAGUGAGCUUUGGUCUCAGGAGAAUGCCUGCAGCACUGGCUGCCAGAACACCCCAAGAGAAGGUUUCUGAGGCUCCUGCCUCUGAGCCAGGGCACUUACACAAGCUUCCUGGUGGGCUGCAGCCGGCACUUGGUCCCCUCGGCCUGGGCAGGCCUGGCCAGCAGUCUGGCUUGCUAGCUGGAGCGCUCACUUCUCUGUACCUUAGGCUCUGGGGUCUGUCAGUCAUUCUUGCUGGACCCGGGCCAGGGAGGGCACUCCAGGCUGAGGAAACGCCUGUGUACUUCUGUGCUCAGGUCUCAUCACUCAAUGUGGCACAACUUUUUACACAUCAUUCUAGCCCUACUUUUCUUUUGAGCAGAAGCAUACAAUCAUUUUCUAACCUAUUACGGUAGGCAAGAAGCAAUCCUCUCUAGCAGAUAGAGGGGCACAGUUCGUGUGAGGGCCGAGAGCACUUAGCACUGUAACGCCUAUUUUAGCUUUCGAGGUGUCUUUCAAAGGAGACUUCCCAGGACCAGGAGCCUCUGGGUAGGGGGAGAGCGACCCCCACCCCCCGCUUCAAUCAGCGCAGCUCCCUUUUGCCUUUGUUCCACAUAGUCGCAUACUUCACGCAAGACUUAAUUUGAGGAAUGAGUUUGGCAAAUACAAAAAAGUUUGAAAACCUCUGGUUACCUUGGGGCCAGGGGCUCGUCAGCCCCGCCCCCGACCUUGUCGUUCCUGCUGCUUAACAGCUGCCGAGCGGCCCCGAGGGUCCUGAUCGCCUUCCUUCCUGCCCUUCGCCUGCUCCUGGGGAAUAAAGCGAGCGAUCGCGCUUGCGCGGAGAUCUGAGGGCUUGGCCAGCGAGCGGACCUUUGCCCCUCCAGUCACGGGCACGAUAAUCCGAGCCACGCCUUUCCUCCGCUAACCGCCCUGGUUAUGGGGAUGGUACC